AGAACCAUGGCUGAAAAGAAAUUUGGCGGUGCACCAUUUGGAACACAGACUGCAAGAUUUGACGUGUCUGGUGUUCAUCCAAAAAGUAAAUAUCCUGGAACCUUUACAGAAAUUGCAUAUGAUAAAUAUUCUACAGAUGAACUUAAAAGAAAGCUUGGGCCUGGAGCUUACGAUGUCAGCCAUGGUGGGUUUAGUAAAAAGUCUGUUGAAUUACGAGCAGACGGACCUGGGUGGUCUAGACAGUAUGAAGUAGAAAAAUUAGCUGCAUUACCUCACCUCCUUAAUAAAGAUCAAUGGGAAAUGAAGAGGAUGCUGGUGAGGAAACUGGGUCCAGGUUCAUAUGAUAUAAAGGAUUUUGUUGAGGCAUCAGAUGAAAAACCAAGAAGUAAAUUUGGAAUAUGCCAAACUCUUUCACAGAGAUUCAGAGAAAAAACUGUUAUUGACACACCAGGCCCAGGAACGUAUGGUGAUGGUGGUGUCCCACAUGCUGCCAAGGAAGAUAAAGAGCAAAAGUCAACCAGUACAAUAGGAAUGCUAGAUGCUAAAUCUUCAUCAAAAAGAAACCUACCAACUGUAGGGUCACAACUUGGUCCUGGUACCUAUGAGUUUAAAAGUUUUGCUGAUCAGACAACUGGAAAGGUGACCAGCUUACGAGGACCGUAUGAUCUGUUUUCUGGAGAUAGAAACAAACCCAUUUCAGAUGGACAUUUUGCUGCACCAAAAUUAGCCAAUCUUGGUCCAGGCCAAUAUAACCUGAGAUCUUUUGCUGAUGAUUGGGGAACGAUACACAGAAAGAGACAUGGUAAAUUUGGUAAAGUGGACAGAACUCCAAAAGUUCCAACAGAGAGGAUAUUUUGUAGUACCCUUCAGCAAUGUCCUAAAGAAGAGAAUACUCCAGGUCCAGGUCGCUAUGAGCCUGGUGAGCUAUCUAAACCACAAUCAGUUAAUGCUCCAGGAUUUUUGUCAACAUCUAAAAGAAAUGACAAACUUUCACAGAAAUUCUUUACCCAAAACUUUAACCCUGUGGGUCCAGGUCGUUAUGAUGUACAGAAGUUUGAUGAAGCACAGCAUCGUAAUGGCACUGAAAGUGUGUUCAAAUCAAAAACAGGAAAAUUGUCUCUAGCUAUGGAUAAAUUCCUUCAAGAAAGAGUAAGAGCUAAAGAUGUUAGAUUAGAGGACAGAGUCUUCCUUGUACCACCUGAAAAACCAGAAAGUUACAUGAAAAGGACUAAAACUCAAAUGAACUAUAACCCUAGAGGAGACUAUGCGUCCCAGCGAGCCGUUACAAAAAACAAGACAGCUGCAUAGAAAAUUUAUUUUUCUGAAGACUUGGAGAAGCUUUUAACCAGUAGAUAGCUUGUUUAAUAUGCAUUUUCAAGUGCUUUGUUAAUAUAUUGUAAGAACUUUUAAAAAGAACUAGAAAAGGGGUGCUUUUUUUGCAUUUGUGUCAAUUGUAGAAUUGAAUAUUUUUGUCCAAUACUGCAAAAUUAAUUUGAUAAAAUUAUUUAUGUGUAAUUGAUAAAGUUUAUAAAUAUUUACAUUUUAAGAUUGAAAAAAUUGCAUUUGUUAUAACCAACAUACUUUUUUGCAAUUAAGAUAUUAUCCUGGAACACAAUUUUGAUUUAAGUCGAAUAUAAAGAAAUGAACUGUACUAUAAAUAAUGAGAAAGAUUUUGUCUAGAGAAAACUAUGUUAUAUAAAUGGAGUUAUGAAAUCACUGCCACACAUAAGUUUGGAGUUGUACAAUGACAUCUACUGCCUUGACUGGUUUAUCAUUUGCAAGUUAGUUUGCUCCUUGUUCAAAUCCCAACUGCAAUUUAUGUUACUUUUGCUUUUUAAUCUUUGUGGGUUAUAAUUGGAUAUAUGCAUUGUUUCAUAAUGAAAAAAUAAACAAGUUUCACUAUAACUUUAACACCAUUUGGCAGUUGUGACCCCCCUUAAAAAAAUAUGUAAAAUGGUACAAUUUGUAAAAGUCUGCUUUAUAGAUCAAUUAUAUAGGGGAAACUUCAGAAAACCAGGAAUUAAUCUGCUAACAUAAUGAUUAUUCUGUUUUUCAUUCCAGUUUUUGUGAAAAAAAGGAAUGUCUUCCUGUCUCAUCUAAUGUUUUGAUUUUUGUGUUUGUACUUAAAUCUCACUUCAAUGGACAAUGUGAUAUACUUUUUAAUCUCCUUUUGUAUGUGGCAUUGUUACUGGUUAUGAAUUGAAUAUCAGUAUUCUGUAUGUUUUGUUUUUGAAUAAUAUAUUUUUAUCAUAUUUGUUCCAAGAUUUACAAAGAAUCUUAUAUGUUCCAUAGUAUUUUGUGGACAGUAUUUCAGAAGCUGUGAUAGUUUUAGUUAAUCUGCUGUUUUUAUCUUCCAUGCACAGUAUUAUUUGUUUAUUUGUUUGCAAUAUGAAUAUAUUAAGAAUAUAUUUUUAUCACUAUAUUUUAUAUUAUAUUGUUCUAUUCCGUUGCUUUUAUAUCAAAUGUAUACAGAAGUUGUUGUUUUAUAAGAAUGAUAAAACUUUCUUGUUAAACAAAUUCUAAGUAACAGUAUUACAGCUGCUUUGCUGCUUUGGAUAUUUUUCUGAAGUUGUUGGUUCUUUACAUUUUCAGUACACUUCAUAGUA